AUGUUUCAACUUAAACAACUAGUCCUAUUUAUUCUGAUCGUUCUAAUGAUAGAAUUAACAGUAGCUGUAAAAGAUUUCCCACAAAUAUUAACCAAAGCAUAUAAUCAAACAUUGAAUGUAUCGUCGACAGCUAUUUUAACAUGUCAUAUACGUGAUCUAGGUGAACAUCAUGUAACGUGGUUUAAACAUGAUUCUUCAACGUUUUUAUCGUAUCCGUUAACCGUCGGAAAAGAAUUAUUUACAACGGAUAAACGUUAUUCAAUAUCGUCGUAUUCGACAUCCAUGAGAGAAUCUUAUUGGUCACUGGAAAUCUAUCAAUUGAAUCUAUCCGAUGAAGGAACAUAUCUUUGUCAGAUUGCUAACCGACGCGCUACCGCCAGUGUUCCAAUAUUUCUGCAUAUACAAAUCCCUAUGAUUCUAUCUCCAUCAAAUCUCUAUGUCGAACCGGGUACCAAUGUUAAAUUAAAUUGUAGUAUUUUAAUUGAUAAUGAAAAUAAUCAAUCCCUUCUGUUGCCAAUCAAUUGGUUUUUCCUAUCGAAUCAAUUUAAUAAAACCAAACCAGAUGAUAUUCACGUACGAAAACGGCUAAUAAACAAUAGUUUACAUUCAUAUUUAAUUAUUCAUCAUGCACAAACAUACCAUUCAGGUAUAUGGACUUGUGUUUAUAGACGUCAACGACGUACGGCUAAAUUAAUUGUUGAAAAAGAUGUGUUACAACGUCAACGUAUCAGUGCUUUAUUAUCAAAUAAUUCUCAACGACAUUCUUCUCUAAGCAAUUGUCUUCUUUUUAUUAUGUGCAUUGUUUAUAAUAGACUAGUUUUUGUAUGA